AUGGCCUACACCACCACGAGUAUUGAAAGUGCAGGUGCUACGCGGUACCUUAGGAAGCACGCGGGAGAUGGAUAUCUUGUGCCGCGGCCGGGGCGGGAGCGUUUUGCUGCAAGUCCCGGCGUGCACAUCCCGAAGGCGGUGGGGCGAGUCGGCAGCUUGGGCGGCUUGGCUGCGUCGAUUGCGUGCAGCCAGCUGGGCGUGCUGGGCGCUUCGACUGCAGUGCCGGUGCAGUGCAGCUCAACGGCGGGACACACCGGCCGUUGCGCAUUGCUUGCCGGCGAUUGGUGA